CCGAAAUAAAUCAAGACAAGACUGGCGUACUGCCGUCAGUGGAGCAAGAGACAAGUCGAAGCAGACGCAGGAAUGUUUCGCGUAUUUUUCGAACCAGUUAUUUCAUGUUCCCGGCCUAUCCGUGAAUUUCGGCAGGCUCUAAUACAGCGGGCCUGAGUUCUCUUCGCUGGCAGCAGCGGCAUGGCGGUCUCCAGUGAGUGGAACACCAUCCCGGCAUAUGCAGCCCAUCUCUCCCCACUCCACCCGAAGCUGCCCGGACGGGAAGACCUCAUCAAAGAGCUGCGGUCGCUUCGCUCCCCGUUCACUUGCACUCGCAUACAGCUGCCCCUGCACUGCAAUGUGUGCAAAGCUGUGCCGGCCUCAACUUGCCCCGUCGUGUCGGAGCUGAUGCCCAUGAUUAACGAAUGGCUGUGGUCCCUGGCCGUCGAGAUCCAUGAAGUUGAGCCGGGCCGCCUCGCACUCACUGCCCUCGAGAAUGACAACAUGCCCCGAGGCGCCAGCUGGACGGCCAACCACGCUGCCAUCUUGUUGCACUGCCUUCUCACCAGGCACCGAUGCUUUCAGGUUAUCGAGGGGCUGCAGUCCAUUCUACCCUGCUACCGCAAGCUGUUCUGCGAUGCCCUGAGGAACAGCACUUGUCUGACCGUGCUUCGGCUAAGCAAGUGCGAGCUGACGGGACCUGUGGUGCGAAGCGUCAUUGCUGCCAUAGGUGGGGCUGAGUACCUGGAGGAGCUGUCCUGGGACUGGUGCAAGUUUACCACUGGCAAUGUCCGUGCGGCCGAGGAUGCCCUUUCGAGCUACAUCGUCAAGACAAAGUCACUCCGCACCCUCAAUGUGGCACAUGCGCCGCUGUUUCGAGAGUCAUCUGCACUCAUCGAGGCCCUGGUGAAGAACACGAGCAUCAUCAAGCUCAUUGUGGGCUGCUCAGUCUUGAAUCAGGGUCAACGUAGUGAAUUUCGCCGCUAUCUUGCUACCAACAGGACAGUGACAAAUUUAAUCAUCUGCAGUGACCACUGCAGGAGUGCUCCGGAUGUAGGGGAAGUCUUCAAGGCACUCACUGAGAACUCAACUUUGGAGGUGCUCACAAUUGAACACUUUGAGCUGGACCCGAUUGUUGCCAUGCAAUUUGCCAGGGUGUUCUGCUUUAACACCACGCUGCGCGAGGUUGGCUUUCCCCACUGCACGUGGGACUACCAGUUCGUAAGAGAGAAAGAAGACAUCCAGAGACAACGCAUGAUGUAUGCCCUGGCGGCCAGGCUGGGAAGAGACUGGCGGGUUGGGCCUCUAGUGAAGGCACUGCAGAAGACAUCAUCGUUGCAAAAGCUUGUCCUCGCUGGGUGCUUCACCAACGACGAGACCCGGCAGCUUCUGGAAGCAGCUGCCAAAUGCUCUUCUCUGCAACAUCUUACCUUCGACUCGGUCAUGAUGCUGUCUGUAGAGACGUUCUACCAGAUGGUGCAGGAGACAGGUGCUGCUGGAAGGUCAGACUAG